UAGGUAGAAGAACAUGGCCGCCAUGUUUCGAAAAUCAAAACGUAAUUUUAGAAAAAAAAACCUGGAAUUAAACGAAGAGGAAGAUGAUGCAAACGAGAACGAAUCGACAGAGAACAUUAAUGCAAUUACUACUGGAAAAUUGGCUGAAAAAGUGAAGAGUAAAGCAAAGAUUGAGAAGGUUGCUUCGACAAGUUCUCUGUUGAGUUUCGACCACGAUGAUGAGGAAGAAGUUUUUCAAGUUCGUAAAUCAAAGGAAAGUCGGAAGCUGAGCAAAAAGGCAAAGUCAAAGAAGGAAAAACAAAAGGACAAAGGUAGAGAAGGCGAGAAUGUUGAUGGUCAAAGUAGGCUAGAGUCUCCAGAAAAUGACAACAUUGCUGACAUAAAGCUUGCAGCUCUACGGGCUGAGCUAAAUCAGAUGUCAAAACUAGACGAAGAUGAAGAUGAUGAUGGUGAAGAAAGUGAUAAUUCUCAAGAGAAUAAAGAAGCAAGUUCAAAUUCACUAGCUGCAGUCAGGCAGCAUCAGUUUAAUAUACCAGACGCUGCAACCAUACAUGCCUUGAAGAAGAAGAGAGAAAUGGCAAGACAGUCUGGUACAGGACAAGACUUUAUUCCCUUAGACGACACUAAAAGGUUUUCUGGUCGGUUUGAUUCAGCUUCACGUCUGGUGCGGGAAGAUGAAAAUGAUGCAAGUGAUGAUGAGGAUGGGCCUAUCAGUUUUAAUGCUGUUAAGACCCAAGAUAAUAACUUUUACAUGAAGGAUGAGGAUAAUGAGAAUGAGGAGGGGGAAGACGAAGAAGAUGAAGAAACAAAGAGAUGGGAAAAUGAACAGAUCCGUAAAGGAGUGUCUGCAUCUCAGGCCCAGCAAGAUAAAGAGCCGCAAAGUUAUGGAGUACAGAAUCUUUCAAUUUCUCAAGAGAGUUACCAAAAAAGCUCUUUGUUCAACCAAAAUGUGUAUCCUUAUGGAGGUGAAUAUGGCCAGGAAUCCACCCAACAGAAAUACAAUGGUUCGCAUCUUCCUGGACAAAUUAGGUCAUCAAAGUCACAAGUCGUUACCAUGGAAACAGUCUGGGAUGCAAUGAACAAGCGACUAGAAUCCUUAAAUGAGGUUCAUCGUGGGCACUGCAUGGAGCAAGAUAAGAUCACAGAACACCAAAGGGUGUCAGAAGAAAGUAUUGAGAAUCUUAUACGGCGAGGUGUAGAGGCGGAGCGGCAGUAUGGGUUUUACCAAGAGAUGAGGGGGUAUGUCAGGGACUUGAUAGAAUGCCUUAAUGAAAAGGCUACAGCUAUAGACGCAGCAGAAAGAUCUAUGAGUGACCUACUAAAGCAAAGAGCACAGCGUCUUGUGGAAAGACGACAAGAAGAUGUUAAAGAUCAGGCUGAUGAAUUUCUUUCCUUACAAUCUGGAAAACAAAAUCAGAAUGUCAAACCAAUAAUAGAUGAGUUUGGCAGAGACAUGACCAUGUAUGUGGAAGAACGCAAGAAACGAAGGGCGGCAGAUAGAGAAGGAAGAAGAAUGAGAAGGCGAAGAAAUAGAGAAAUAACUGGUUCUAAUACUGCACAUCAUGAGGGAAUGUCUACUGAUGAAGAAGAAACGGAAACAGAUUCACGGCAGCUGAAGUCUGAAUCGGAGAGAAUCAUUCAAGAAUCAAGAACAUUAUUUGAAGACGUCAUAGAGGAUUUUAGCUCCAUCGAAAAAGUCAAAUCAAAGUUUGAGAAAUGGAAAAAUGUGUGCGAAGAUAGCUACAAAAAUGCGUACAUUUCCCUAUGUCUUCCAAAACUCUUCACCAUGUUUGUGCGUUUGGAACUCCUUGGAUGGAAUCCAUUGAACGAAGAUGCUUUGGACAUAGAGCAAAURUCUUGGUAUAAUUCUCUUAUUGGAUUUGGUUUCCAUGAACAUGAAGAUAUCGACCCUAAAGACGAUGACAUCAAGAUAAUACCUAGCAUAAUAGAGAAGGCAGUUCUUACUAAAUUAACAGGAUUAGUUCAACAUGUUUGGGAUCCCUUGUCAAGUAAGCAAACAGAGAGACUCAUUCAACUUCUAAAAAAUCUUUCCGAUGACUUCCCUACAGUCCAGGCAGACAACAAAACCACCCAGCAACUGUUCAGUGCCAUUGUAACUCGUUUGAAAAAAGCAGUCAAUGAAGAUGUAUAUGUACCUCUUUAUCCAAAACAAUUAUUAGAAAACAAAAGUUCUGGUGUACUAGAGUUUUUCCAAAGGCAGUACUGGUCUUGCUAUAAGCUAUUUUGUAAUAUCUUAUUAUGGGAUGGCCUGUUAUCUUCCGGAGCAAUACAACAGUUAGCACUGGAUGGAUUACUGAAUCGAUACCUCAUCUUGGGCCUACAACAUUCUACACUAUAUUACGACAGUCUAGAAAAAUGCAAAAUGAUCACCAACACCAUCCCCAGACCUUGGUUGACCUUACUCACAGAUUCUACUUUGCCCACCCUAGAGACCUUUGCGCGGUUUCUUGUCAACUUGGCGUCCUGUUUACAGAGGUCGAGCGCUGGCUGCUCGGACUCUGAAAAGAAAAAAGCUCGGAGUGGAUGUAAGAAAAUCGUCCAACAUUUAAAUUCACUCAAAGCAAAAGCCAAGGCAAAGGCAGUAGCCGCUGAACAUGCUUUAGGCGAAGUUGGUGGACCCUAACGUGAUCAAACUCAAGAAAAUGGGUUUCUGUGUAGUAUAAUUAUUAUGUUUUUUCGUUCACAGAACAUCAGAUAUGACGUGUAAUAUAAAAUGUAAUAAAUUGAAGUAAGGAGUAAUAUAGUAACGAAAGAA